GAAAUACAAAGAAGAAGACAAGUAGCGCUCCAAUCCUCCUGAGUAGUUGAUUCCACAGUAUGCAGUUCCACUUAGGCUGCUCUUAAAGUAAUUCUGUGGAUUAUUCUUUUCCAGGUGGUUUCCAGGACCGCCAAUUCGAUGUCCCUGGCAGUCAUCAGAACGAAUUCGUUUCGAUAAAAAAUAGCUCUGGAAUGAUUUGCGUGCAUUCAUAGGCUACUUUCUUCACAUCAGCAGGCUAACGUACACGUAGCCACAGCGAUGGAAACUCUGAGCUACACAGAGAUGAAAAUGAAAGUUCGGGGGCCCAUGUGCAUAACAACACGCAUUGGAUCAUUGUUAAUCUGUUGCGAUAAAUCUAGUGGCCAGUUUAAACAAAGUCCAGUUCAGAUGGACAGACCUACAGUGGCAUAGAAGGACUACCUGGCUUCAUCAGCGAAAGAACACGCAUAAAGGGAAACGCGCUCGAAACAAGAACGGGACAAUCAAGAUACCAGCUGGAAUACGACAUCUUGAAUGGCACUGUUAAUACCAGCUGAAUGUUUGUUCCCAGGGGAAGCUAAAACUGUGUAGCGAAUGUCACACAAAUUGGUAAUAGAUACAGAAGAUACAGUGUGACUGUGUCAGGCUGUUGCACAGAAAAAUAAGAUCCCUCUCUCCCAGUUUCCGCCCUGUACCUGUUGGUUCCCCCGCUUCGACUCGUCUCCGCAGCCAUGUUGCAGGUGGUGCUGCAGCAAGACGUGCUGCAUUAUGGGAAACUGGAGGAGUUUGUGUCCGUGGUGACCAAGGCGGUCCCGGACCUGCUGAGUGACAGCCAGUGGACCCAGCUCACUCUGGGGCUGCAGGAAAGGGAGGGAUCUCCGGUGGGGUUUGGCUCCAAAACUGACGCAGCUCUGCAAGCUGUGUUUUGGGAGUUGCUCUCCAGACUGGAGCAACUGCUGCCGGUACCAGACCUCAGACAGACUGUGUCCUGGCUCAGUGCUGCCCCUUCUGUCCUGGAGGACUGUAUGCAGUCCAUUUCAAACUCACAGCAGUUGAAGACCGUUCUCAGGCACCACAGAAGCCUUGGAUGCUUGAACAGAACUGCACUUUCCUCCAUGGAUGAGUGUCCUCCAGUGUCCUCUAUGUCCUGUCCUCAUUUUGAAAGAGAUUCCACCAAGCCGACUGACACCAGCAGGCAAUCAGAUUACAUGUCUGACUUCAGAACAUUUUUGAGCGCCACCACUUCAGAGAUAAAGGCAGAAUCUCUGGCGGACAGCGCAUAUUGCACAGGGCUGGAGCCAAGAUCAAGUUUGAACAGAUGUGAAGCCAUGGAGAAGAGUGUGGAGAAGACUGGAUGUUUGAUGAGCCAGGAAGAGAACAUACUAAUCAACAUGAAGCUGGAGGAUGAGGACGAUGGGGAGGGACAGAGUGUGAAAUUGGAGAGGGUGGAUGGUGCAAGAGAUGAAGUGAGACUCAGGAUGGAGGAAGAAGCAAAGAGGGAUGAACAGGAGGAGGAGGACGUAACCCGGCAAGGCGUUCGGAAGAAGAAUGAAGGAAAAUCAGAAGGGAACCCUAGGGAAGUGGAUCCUCGCCAGCACCCUGAGAAGGUUCACCCAGAGGAGUACAGCAGGGCUCUGAGUUCUGGAGGAAACGAAGCACGGAAGCCACUGCCAAAUGCUCACAAGCACCCCGAACCCCCCAAAACACUCCCCACCCCAACAACGUCCCACACAGGCACUCAAGGGGCCCACGUGUGCUCCCAGUGUGGGAAAGGUUUCACUACGCCACACAACCUGACACGACACAAGCGAAUUCAUGAAGGGGAACGCCCUUACUGCUGCUCCCAGUGUGGGAAGAGUUUUUGUGAGUUGGCCGGCUUGAAAAUACACCAGCGAACUCACACCGGCGAGCGCCCGUACAAAUGCUCCCAGUGUGAGAAGAGUUUCAGUCAGUUGUCCGGCUUCAAUAUACACCAGCGAACUCACACAGGCGAGCGCCCGUACAAAUGCUCCGACUGUGGGAGGAGUUUCAGUGGGUUAUCCAGCUUGAAAGUACACCAGCAAACUCAUACAGGGGAACGGCGUUACCGCUGCUCCCAGUGUGGAAAGACUUUCGUUCAGUUGGGUAACCUGACCAUACACCAGCGAACUCACACAGGCGAGCGCCCGCACAAAUGCCCUGAUUGUGGGAAGAGUUUCACUGUGUUAUCGAGCUUGAAAGUGCACCAGCGAACUCACACGGGGGAACGGCGUUACCGCUGCUCCCAGUGUGGGAAGAGGUUCACGCAGUUGGGUAGCCUGAAAACACACCAGCGAACUCACACUGGCGAGCGUCCGUACAAGUGCUCCCAGUGUGAGAAGAGUUUCAGUCGACUGAAUGGCUUGAAAGUACACCAACGAAUUCAUACUGGCGAGCGCCCGUACAAAUGCUCUCAGUGUGGGAAGACUUUCGUUCAGCUGAGUAACCUGAACAUACACCAGCGAACUCACACAGGUGAGCGCCCCUACAAAUGCUCCCAGUGCGGGAAGAGUUUCAUUCAGUCGUCUGCUCUGACUACACACCAGCAGAGUCAUACGGGGUUACCUGCGUACACUUGCUCCCAGUGUGGGAAGAGUUUCACUCGGUUAUAUAAUCUGAAGAUACACCAGCUCACGCACACGGGGGUACGCCCCGACCCCUGCUCCCAGUGCGGGAAGAGUUCCUCUCGAUGGCACAAACUGAAGAUGCACCAGCAUUCUCACACGGAGGUAUGCCCUGAGCGUGAUCAGAGUCAGGCAACGGUUCCACUCAGUUAGUGUCUGAGUGGGGCUUUUACAAUCUCCGAUAAAACUCCUCCUUCCACGCUCUCUCUCUCAUUAUCACCAGACAGGAAGUGUGUACAAAGGCACGAGCAAUCGAGCAAGUGCAAUCGGCAACGAGCAAACCUGAUCGCGUGCAGUCCAAAACGAAAGUUCUGACCGGAGCGAGGAGCCGGUUUUCGUAAACGUGGCGGGUCGGCACGAGCGGCCCCUCCGAUCUCGCGCCAGAGUCGCCCGACUGACGCAGUUCGCUCUGGCAGAGCCGCAGGUAUUCUCUGUAUUCGCGUUGACAUCCCAACAAAGAUUGGGUAGCCAGCAACUGUGAGCUGGCGUUUCACUCGUUUCCUGAAAACGCUUGAAUCGUGUAUGAUUGGCGCCGCUGAGAUCGACGUAUCUCGUCCUUGGGUAAAAUCUUUGCUCGAUUGCUGAAAUCAAAGAUGGCGGAGUGCACAAGCUAAAGCUACCCUCUCAUUACUUUGAACUUUUGCCGUGUUUGUCGUCACUUGUUUUGAUCACUGAUGAGUUUCUCCAAAAUGUUAUAAAAUUGCUAUUGCCUCAUUUAUGUUUCUGUCAGGUGAUAAUUAGCUUAAUAGGCCAUUCACUGGCUGUGUGUCAGGUGGCAAAAAUGCUGCCUUUGAAGGCAGUAUUCCAAGGUGGGAGGGCCUCGAGGCACAUCUUAUUCGACAGUUGGCAAAAAAUGAUGCCUGCUAUGGUUUUGAAGGCGGCAUUGGAUGUAUCCGUCGCCGGGUAGGAUAUCCCAUAGGUCUUUGCAGUUACCUCAGGCUUCUUUGUUCUGUUAAAAUAAUGGCGGCUGAAAAAACACUGGCGGAGUUUGUUUACAAGUGCGAGUAUACACUGAACUCAAUUUCAUUGUAGAUGUAUUUUUAAAAAAUCUAAUCUUAAACUAUUUAAUACACUGGAAUAAUAAUUAAUUACACAUACAGUAAUGUGUUUAAGCCUUGAAGAGCUUGAACUAGCCACCUAACUUGCUUGUAAUCAUGCAUCGUAAUUGCGUGACUUUUUUGUGACUGCUUUCAUCCUGCUUUCAAAAUGCGUCCCAAACUCAUUGCCUUUUGAGGUUCAUUUUCUGUUAGCGCAUUAUCUUUGAAGGGAGCUCACUUCUAAGGAUGUAGGCAACGAGGCAGCUGCCUUCACUUUGAGAGGCGCCCACUGUUUACUAAGCGCAAGAAAACAAUUUCGGCCUUGUUGAGAACUGUUCGUACGUCUGUGAAUAUUUAUGGAAAAAUAAAUGCUCACAUUGAGGACAUUGUCAGUUGCAAAGGUUUAUUUUCCCAAGAUGUGAAGAAAUGAACACAAAAUAACAAAAUGAAUGGGUUAUUUAUUUCAUUGGAGAGGCUUUAUUAUGACAUCAGCAAACCUACGAUUCCAUUAUUAGCUUUAUCGCUAAAGUACUACAACUUUCAACUUUAUUGUCCUGAAGGAAAUUUGGUUUGCCGCAAGGACGACAGCACGCAACAUAGGAAACAUCACAUAAAAUAAGUACAGAAGAUACAAAAUUAAAAUCAAGAGACAAGCAAGACUGAAAGGAGUCACUCCUACCUGGCUCGAUAUGCAGUGCUACGUAUAUUUGAAAUGCAAGGAUGUUCAAGCUAAAAAGAACCCAUCCAUCAUUAUUUAAGCUUGUUCAUUAUUUUCAUGGCAGCUGCAACAAACCUACACUUACCUAUGUCAUCGGCCCCUGCAUGAACCAUGACUACUGGAUCCCUCCCUGCUCUGGCCAGGAGCUUGUCGGCACGCUCCGGGAGAUCUCCCACCUCGGCACCAGGUGGGCAACACGUCCUGAGGGAGUCCCUGUCACGCACACGGACUAAGCUGUCUAAGCGAGUCCUCCACUAUCACCAACUUCCUUUUCCUGAAGCAUGUGACUCAUCGGCCCUCCCAAACUCGGGCUCAAGGGCCAGAUUACUGCGAGGGCCUGGAAUCAUUUGGACGCCACAACCUCUGGAGAUGCCGCCCCUGUGUGGUAUACGCACCCUUUUCUGCGCUUGUCCCCUGCUGCCCACCCAACUCUCUCUCUCUCUCUCUCUCCCUGCCUGCUCUGGAGUCUUCCCCCCUUCCCAGCUGUGGCCAGCACACCGGUUCUUUAACCACUUAACUGUGGUUGGCCCUGUAACCAAGUGCUGACUUGAGUCAAAGGAAUCUCUAAUUGAGUAGCUUACGAGAUCCAGACAAGAGAAGAUGCACCAUAGCUGCUCUCAAUGAUCAAUUAACUGCAAGUCUACCAAGACACUGAUCAGCAGCUGAUCCACAUCACCCUAUAACCCUAUAAGUGCGGAGUCGAAGGAAUCUCUGAUUGAGCAACUUACAAGAUCUAGAAGAAAUAAUUGAAUUGGGGGAAAAAAACAUGCACUUAAGGACACAAGCAAACACCAUAGUGUUACAGUAUAUUCUAAAUGCCAGUAAAGUACUGCCAAUGCAUCUAUCCUCCAUGAGAGGGCAGUAGAAUGCAAGAAAUAAAUUCUCAGAACCAUGAAACCAUUUAUGCAAUCUAAUCUACAUUUGGGGGAAAGAUGUAUGAUUCUGUAAGACUCGGUAACUUGGUGAACAUAAGCCCAGUCUUCAGGUCAGAACCAGCAAUGGAUUUGGCAGUGGAGAUGGGGUGAAGUCACUGCAUUCUCUUAACAGGAAACAAAGUUAAAGGUGAAAAAUGUUCGCUUGCGGCGGUACAGUAGUUGGACUCGAUCACCCAUUACAUUACAGGCAUUUAGCCGAUGCUCUUAUCCAGAGCAACUGACACAACUUUUACGCAGCAUUUACACUGCAUCCAUUUAUACAGCUGAAUAUGUACUGAAGCAAUUAUCUUGCUCAAGGGGUACAACAGCGGUGUCCCACGCCCCACCAGGGAAUCAAACUGGUGACCUUUCGGAUACAUCACCUGCUCCUUACUCGCUAUGCUACACUGCCACCCCAUUGUAGACGUUCUCGUGCCGGCAGUGAAAGUUUAAUUUGCAACACAGCUGGCAAGACUCCUCGAGAUCUUGGUCAUGCCAGAUCUAUGGUUCCAACAGCCUCUUUGGCGUUGCUUAACCAGUAAUUACUGAGCUGCUAUAAGAUGUGUGUGGCACAUAUUACGUGCUGAAGUGUUUAGAUCGGAAGUGUUGGCUUCUCAUUUUGAAUAUCGGAACAGCCCUAGUGUUUGUCAAAAAAUGCUGUACUGAAUUCAACAAACUUGCCAACUUGCAAACAGCAUGGUGAUAAUUAUGAAUUCAUGGCAUAUUAUAGAGGAAUGUCAGCAUUUUUGUCAAAAUUUAAAUAGAUACAUUAAUGAAUAAAUAAAGGCACGGAUUGGACGGAUCAGUCCCUGAAGACAAAGUCGGGGUCGCUGUGACCUUCUGAUGGUGGUUCAGUCUGGCAUGGCAGUCUUUUAAAUUUUAAAAUGGGAUUGAGACAAUGGGACAGAGUGCACGAGAAGCAAGUUUGGCCCAGAGAGGUCCUCAACUUCUGUGAGCAUUUCAAAGAGAACCUAACGUGCCUGUCUAGAGGCGAGAGGGUGGGGCUCUUGAGAUUUAGCCAUUUGGUUGAUGGGUUACAUUACACUACAUGACAGGCAUUUAGCAGACGCUCUUAUCCAGAGCGACUUGGUACAGCUUCUCCCUGAUUUGGGGAGUUUGCCCAAAUCAGGCUCGAGUUGCGACGUUCACCGCGGCCGCUGCCGUAGAGUCUGGGCUUUCAACGCGGACUCGCCUGUGCGCUCCUCCGCAACGUGUCAUGUGGUCUCUGUCAUGUGAUCUGCGGCUUCCUAUCACAUCACACCGCAGUUCCCUAGUCGGGCCUCACACACACGUGAGCGGGAGCAGUUUAUGCGCAGCUCGAAUCUACACAAUUUGUGUGUAUUGCCUUUUAUUUAUUUAUUUAUUUAUUUAUUUAUUUUUGCACAUAUUAACCAAACCUGGGUCAAAUGCGUAUUUGUUUUGGAUUAAAAUACUUUUCUGUGCUCUGUUGAUCUUGCCUGGUGUAAUUGAGCCUGCCAAUAUGAUCAGAAGGUGGGGUUUGCACCUUUUGAGAGUAAUUUCAUUGGUUCCAAUAGACCAGACAAGAUCAGUAAAGCGUAGAAAAGUAUUUGAAUCCAAAAAAAUCCGUAUUGGACCAAGGUGUGAUAUUAACAUACAUUGUGCUGGAACAGUUGGAGCCGAUUUGCACACUAUAAUUUAUACAUCCUGAUGAGUCUGUGUAGGAAUAAAACUUUCUUUCUACACAACUUGUGUGGUCUGAUAGUGCAUAAUGUGUUAACUUUGCACAUCUUUGUGUUAAUCCAUUUGACACAAUUCCUGUGCAAACAUCAUUGACACACACUGAGUAUGUUAAAAUCUGUCCCAGAACGCACACAGUCAUGUGUAAGAAUUUGACACGGUUUGUGUCAUUUUUAACACAUCCUUUCUAAGACUGUGGAGAUGCCUGCCGCAAUAUCUGCUCAACUGAGGGAGGGGGAGGUUAUUUUUUUUCUGGAGCUUGCCCUUUGUCUCUGAUAUAGAGAGCAUCUAGCACUGUAACAAGCUUGAACCUGAACACCCCUGGGCCUCCCCCCUCUACUACAUGACCAGGUCAAGCUAUUCCACACAUUGAGACAUCUCCGUCUGAGGAAAUACUUCCUGGUAUUCGUGUGGAAUCUGCCUUUUGCUAAAAUUCACCUUUGUGACAGUUUCCCUGCGAAAAGGCUGUACAAAUAAAAUAGAAUUUAAUUGACGUGAGUGUUGGGUCUGUAAUUGUGCUUGUUGUGCUACGUUUCUGACAGAGUGCAGAGGCUGAGAUCUCCUUAGCAAAAGUUGCACUAAAGCUUUUAUUUCUCUAUUCAACUCCAGAAAUUGUAUUUUGUGUUCAUUAUAAAAAAUUUUUUUUUUUUUUUUUUUUUUACUAUGCAAUGAAAGUCAAAUAAGCUAAUGAAUGCGUGGACUUGACUUAUUUGUUCAUAUCACAAAUUGCCAAUUUAUCCGGUUUGUAUUAAAAUAAAACAAUGAUAUUUCAUUUUAAAUGUC